UACACAUGAACGUAUUCUGAACAUUUCGCAGAUUCAGUGAUCAUUUGGGGUGAUACGCACGUACUUUGUAAAUGGAACUUUAUUUAAUGCGAAACAAGGAAGGACGCUGCAUCACAGAUGCAGAUUCAAAACUCUUCGGAGCUGUUUAGUGACGAAUAUGAUAUGUCAAGCGGUGACGUUGGACAACUGAAUUUUGAAGGUUAUCAAACGAUAGAUAAAUUGAAAUCCACGCAUAAAAAGAAAUCAAUCGAAACAACAUAUCAAUCGAUGUGGUAGAUCGCCGUCUCGAACGCCACCUUCUCCUUAUUUUAUCGAGACGUUGCGACGUAUCGUGACGAUUGUAUUCUGAGUUAGGUUAGGUUAGGUAUAAUUUUUACAAUGGCUCUAGGCACGAUAUUGCAGAAAGCUAUAGAUCUAGUUACCAAAGCGACGGAAGAAGAUCGCAACAAAAAUUAUGAAGAAGCGCUUAGGUUGUACGAACAUGCAGUCGAAUAUUUUCUACACUCUAUUAAAUAUGAAGCUCAAGGAGACAGAGCAAAAGAAAGUAUUAGAGCAAAAUGUACACAAUAUUUGGAAAGAGCUGAGAAGUUAAAGGCUUAUCUAAAGAAAAGUAAGAAGAAACCUGUGAAAGCAGGUGAGGAUAAUUCUAAAACCGAGGACAAAAAGAGUGAUAGUGGAGACAGCGAUACAGAUAGUGAUCCAGAAAAGAAAAAGCUUCAAAGUAAAUUAGAGGGAGCAAUAAUUAUUGAAAAACCGGAUGUGAAGUGGAGUGAUGUUGCUGGACUGGAUGGAGCUAAAGAAGCCUUGAAAGAGGCUGUUAUUUUGCCAAUACGUUUCCCUCACCUCUUCACAGGAAAACGUAUCCCUUGGAAGGGUAUCUUGCUGUUUGGGCCACCAGGUACUGGUAAAUCAUAUUUGGCAAAAGCAGUAGCUACAGAAGCGAAUAAUUCAACAUUUUUCUCUGUAUCAUCGUCCGAUUUGGUAAGCAAGUGGCUCGGCGAGUCUGAGAAGCUUGUAAAAAAUUUGUUCGAAUUAGCUCGACAGCACAAACCUAGCAUUAUAUUUAUUGAUGAGGUUGAUUCGCUUUGUUCGUCACGUUCCGAUAAUGAAUCAGAAUCUGCAAGGAGAAUAAAAACUGAAUUUUUAGUUCAAAUGCAAGGGGUUGGCUCCGACAAUGAUGGCAUACUGGUACUGGGAGCUACCAAUAUACCAUGGGUACUGGAUUCAGCAAUUAGAAGAAGAUUUGAGAAGAGAAUUUAUAUUCCCCUACCCGAUGAACAGGCUAGGGUUAUAAUGUUUAAGAUUCAUCUAGGAAGUACUUCUCAUCACUUGACGGAAGAAGACUUUAAGAAGUUGGCAGCAGUAACUGAUGGAUAUUCAGGAGCCGACAUAAGUAUUAUUGUUCGAGAAGCGCUAAUGGAACCUGUUAGACAAGUCCAAAUGGCGACACAUUUUAAACGUGUAAGAGGACCAUCGCCGAAAGAUCCUACGGUUAUAGUAGACGAUUUACUUACACCUUGUUCGCCUGGGGAUCCAGCUGCUAUUGAGAUGAGUUGGAUGGAAGUUGAAGGAGAUAAAUUGUACGAGCCACCUGUAACUAUGAAAGAUAUGUUGAAAUCAUCGAUGACUACUCGACCUACUGUGAAUGAAGAGGAUAUGACCAAACUAGAGAAAUUCAAGCAAGACUUUGGUCAAGAAGGUUGAUACUUGGACUUUUAUAAAAAUGUAAAUGAAUGUACACUUCCAAAAAUAUGUUUCAGUUACACGCGCUUGCCUUACAUCUUAUUUUAUUACUGCUACUAUUACUACACAGUAUUUAUAUAAAAUCACGUGAACUCAACAAGUACUUGUGUAUCAGUUUCUCUCUAUUCUCAGUUUCUUGUUUUCUUUUAAUAUCGAAUACGCAAUAAUAAUAUCAUUGUGAGAGCUUAAUGCUUGUUCAUGAAUACUACUUGUCAAUGUAUAAAUAUCACCGAAUGAACUAUAUAUUUUAAAAUGAAGAACUGUUAGAUUUCAAUCAGUAAAUACAGACGAUAUUGUUUUCUAUAUAUUAAUUAGUAGAAUAUGCGAUGAGGAAAUUGAAAUAUGCGUGUUUUCACAUAAUCUUGUAAUCAAUGCUAUGAUUGUACCUAACAAAUUAACUGUAUCAUAUGUAGACUUAACACAUUUCAAAAUGAUAUUUACAAUAAUAGUUCAGAAAUUUCUUUGUA